AUGGAUAGUCCAUUAACAGCAAAUCUUUGGGAUAAUAAUGGUGAUAAUCAAGAUGGUGAUAAUUCUCCUAGUAUAUUAAUUGAUAUAUCUCAAGUUACAAAAGACGAACCAGAUGUAAAUCAAAGCCCUCUUUUAUUCAAUCUUGAAACUCCGCCAGAUCCUAUUUCAAUCGAAGACGUUACACACGAUAUCAUAGAAACUGACGAUAAAGAUGACGACGAAACAGAUACGGAAAAUGAUUCGGCACAAUCAAGCAACGAUCCUUAUUACAAACCAAGCUCUCCACUCGCACUUCAUAAAGUAGAACGAGUAUCGUUAAAAGAUACAAGAAAUAAUUCAGAUACUGGUUCAGCUUUCUUCAGUUCAUAUUUUGACAUUAAUAAUAGCUCAAACGAAUAUCCAUGGAUGGAUUACCAUAUGGAUGAAAUACCAACUACAGAUGAUACUGAAAUUUUACAAAAGAUUGAUUCAGAAUUUACAAUUCAAAAGUUAGUUGAAGCUAUUCGCUCCAGCUAA